UUCUGGUGGGGGAUGUUCUGAAAGUUGAUUUCAAUCCGGAUUUAAUCUGCUAAGCUGCGUCAGGAAGGUUCUGGAUUCAGAACCUCGGCCCGGUCUGCUGGGAGAUCAGAGGUUCUGGAGGGUUCCGGUCCAGAACCAGCCAGGGUUCCUGCUGAGUUCCUGCUCAUCUAAACAGUACUUUAAGAUGGUUCUGGUUCCUCCAUUUGUGCAUUCUCAGACUGGGAUUGUUUGGAUCCAGGUUCUGCUGGUUCUGGUUGCAUUGUGUUGCUGUGCAGGCAGCAGCGACUCGGGUCAGAACCGGUCCGUCCGGUUUCAGAGGCGGGACGGGAAUGUUUGAGUUGGAGGGCGGGUCCAGCAGGAUGUCCUGGACCGCUGAGCCUGCUGGAGCAACCAGGCCAAACCAGAACCAACUGGGCCAAACCAGAACCUAGGCUCCAAACCGCCGGCUUCCCCCUGGAGGACCAACAGAACAGAACCAGCUGAUGGACACUGAAAGCGGAGCGGUUCUGUCUGGAUCCGGGCCGGCGACCCACUGGCCCCGUUCGAUCGGCUUCAGCGGCCCCAGAGAGCCCCUGGGGGACUGGGUGGUGGACCCCGGCUGUAAUCCUGCUGAUGCUUCUGGACCAGGCGGAUCGGGGUCCGGCGCCCUCGGCUCAUCCGUCCUUACUUACUGUCAGGUGACCUUGGACGACAGCGAAUCGGAGGACAUCCUACAGGCCGUCGACCCCAACGAAGUGUUCGGAACCGGUACCGGGCCCGCCGACACGUCGUCGGAGAGCGACAGCGGCAUCUCGGAGGAGACCCCUGUUGCCAUGGUGACGGCAGUAACCACGGCGACCAGCCAGCCAGCCCCGGCAGCAGUCUACCAAGUGGUCUAUGACAUCAGCUCUGUGGGCGGAGCCAAACCUGAAGCCGGUCAGGAGAACAUCAUCUCCAUCGAACUGGAUGAGUGGAGUUCCCAGCUGCUGUUUUCGGACUCCUGCAUCAUCAGCGACUUGCACGCGGCUUCGUCUUCAUCAUCAUCCUCUCCAUUUGAUGGCGCCCGGAGCUCCGCCCCUCUCUCAGGUAGAGACCAGGUGCUGCUGUUCCCUGACCUGCGGCUGACGGAGGAGGAGCAGAAGCUGCUGACAGAGGAGGGCGUGUCCCUGCCCAGCAACCUUCCACUCACUAAGGCUGAAGAGCGGAUCCUGAAGAAAGUCCGCAGAAAGAUCCGGAACAAGCAGUCGGCUCAGGACAGCCGCAAGAGGAGGAAGGAGUACAUCCACGGCCUGGAGAGCAGGGCAGUGGCGUGCUCAGCUCAGAACCAGGAGCUGCAGCGAACCGUGGAGCAGCUGGAGAAACACAACGUGUCCCUCCUGGCUCAGCUGCAGCAGCUCCGCUCCCUCAUCAAGCAGACGGCCAGUAAAGGAGCGCAAACCAGCACCUGCUUACUGAUCCUACUAGUGUCCCUCAGCCUGAUCGUCCUGCCCAGCUUCAGCCCGUUCAGCCGCCGCCAGUCAGCCGACGACGACUACAGAACCGCCGCAGUUGUAUCCAGAAACAUCCUGACGGAUCCAAACUUCUCCAACCCGGCAGACGACGGUGCCGGUUCCGCUGCACAUUCGGAGUCAUCGGUGCCUCCUGAGCUCAGCCAAUCAGGGCCUGCAAGGGCACUGCUGGAGCCAAUAGGAACCCUGGAGAGCUUAGCUGGCGCUGACAGCAGCCAAUCACAGAACGGGACGGCUGCUGUUGCCGGGCAGACUGGCCGUGAGCCUGGGAAACCCGGACACGCUGAUGAGAUGUAACCAAAACCUCCAGCAGGGGCCGCCAGACUGACGCUGAGCAGCUGGAGGACUGGUUCUGUUGGAUCAGAACCAGAACACUGAGGUUCUGGAGUGCUACCCUGACCGGAAUCAGGUUUUAAAGUGGAUCCAGCAACCAGACAGGACUUCACAGAGACUGUUUCUCUCUCUCUCUGUUGGACCAGACCUGGGACCGGAACCGACCCGUUUUAUGUUCAUCUUGUGGAGAAACACUGAUGUUCUGUCCUGGGAUGUUUCUGGGUCGGUUUGUGGGUUCUGGUUGUUCAGUAAAUCAUGUGAUGCUGCAAACAGGUUCUGAUUCUGCUCCUUUGACGCAACCAUAGUAACAAUAAUAGCUUAGCAGAAAAGAUUCCUGUUAUUUCCGGUUUCAAAGCGUCCAUCUGCUCAGUCUCAUCAGCUACAUGAAAUCUUGACUAAAAAUUAAAUUUCAACAUUUUUCA